GGUACUUUGGGGAUCUUCCUUGCGGCCACUCUCUCAAAGCGAGGGAUCAAAGUGGCUUGCGUUGAAAGGGGGAAGCUCAUUGGCAGAGACCAGGAGUGGAACAUUUCACGGGAAGACAUGAAGGUCUUCGUCGAGAUGGGAUUGCUGUCAGAGACAGAGCUUGAGGAGGUUUUAGUGUCAGAAUUCAAUCCUGUGAGAAUGGGCUUCGAGGGGAUAUCAGAGAUCACCACCACAGAUGUAUUGAACUGUGGUGUCAGUCCCGCGCUCCUCUUGAAAUAUGUCAAAGAGCAUUUCCUUGAAGCUGGAGGGACUUUGCUGGAAGGCGCUGCUUUCAAGGCCGCCACAGUGCACCCUGAGGGGGUGGGUGUGGCUGUGCGAGCCAAGGUGUUGGUGGAUGCCAUGGGCAGCUUCAGCCCCAUAGCAGCCCAGGCGCGGCGCGGCACAAAGCCGGACUCUGUUGUGCUCAUGGUGGGCAGCUGCGCCACUGGACUGCCACCCACAACGUCUGCAGACCUGCUCUGGUCCUUCACUCCCAUUAACAGGAGAUUGCAGUACUUUUGGGAGGUGUUUCCUGCUCGGGACGGCAUCACCACUUACAUGUUUGCCUACACAGACCCGACUCCAGGGCGGCCCAGCUUGAAGGAUGUGUAUGCGGACUAUCUGAGUGACCUGCCCAGAUACAGGGGGAUUUCAGACCUGGAUGGGGUGUCAUGUGUUCGGCCCUUCUUUGGCUUUGUGCCCAACUGGCACGACACCCCAUUAAAGCCCAUCACAUCACGCCUGCUCCACAUUGGGGACUCAGCAGGCAACCGCUCAGCGCUCAGUUUUGCAGGCUUUGGAUCAAUGGCUAGGCAUCUGCCUCGCCUGACGGAGGGGUUGGCUUUUGCUCUUGAAACAAAUCAGACAAGCAGGGGGGCCCUUCAAUUGUUGCAACCAAAAUCACCCGCGAUCUCAAUGACGGCAGCUAUGCAGUUCAGCAUGGGCACGAGGAGCAAUCAAGUUUUUGAUGGCGACUCUUUUGAUCCAAACAUAAUACAGAACUACCUCGGAUCUUCCUUUUAUCACAUGGCAAAAUAUGGGGAGAGCGUUUACAGACCAUUCAUGCAGGUGACCGCCAGCAUCUUUUUGAUGGGGCUAGUAACUCCAUGCUCUUUUCAGGACUACACAUGUUUCUGUUCUAAUCCUUACAUACUGGACUCAUAUCUAGAAUGCUCAACUUGA